GAGGGCCCCAAAGACUUUCGCCCAUGCAUCCGCUUUCUUCGACUUGAUCAAUAGCACCCCUUCACGCACUCUCUUUUGCACUGCUCGUCCACUCGCCGAGGCAGGACACACACACUCAUUGGUCUGACCGACUGCGCCUAAUCAUCGCAUCGCAUGUAAUUAGUUGCAUUGGCAUCCUGGCGAUGCACCGCUUUCCAGCCAUCCUGUCAACUCAACACAUUCCCUAGUCUCGAUCACACAUUCACUUGUACAGUAUCAUACUACGCACGUUCAUUUUGCCGUCCAACAAUACAUCCAUCUUUGGCCUAUCUGCAGCGGUGAGCAUGACACCGCGCGAGCCAGGUUCGAGUGAGAUGUACGGGGGCCCGAAUCGAGCGAGAAGUGUGCAGGGUAGCGUCCACGAGGGGGAAUACGCAGCAAAGAGUAAGCGAGCGAGCGAGCGGCCUGGAGACUACUCACCUGGAUGACGCGAGGUGCGUGCACAAAUGGGGCUUGCGUAAGAGCAUGUCAGCACGACCUCACCUUCCACUCUUCCUUGGCUUCCCAGACGCAACAGGAGGAAGUGAUUCAUCUUGCAUCCUGCACAGUGACACUCGUGGACUUUCUGGAUGGGGGUGAGCGCAGAGGUGCUAGAAGGAAGGGCAUGCUUGCGACUAGAAUGAAAAGUCGUUCUGCGCUGAAAUUUUCGCUCGUGAUUUCUUCAUACUCUUCUUGCAUCGCGUUUGCGCAGGAUUUGCCUUCCUUCGAUCCAAGACCUCAACCCCCUUCAUGAAACUUCUUCCUCAAUCGGCCGUCAAGAACUUGCCCACGCGCCCUUCGCAAAAGGUGGACCGCGCUCCAGUAUCCUAAGGCAACUCUCGAUGUCCGUCAAAUUUCGUGUGCUGGCUGAGCCAGAAAUCCUCAAUGUCGUCUUCCGCCCAGCUUCAAUCCCAUGUCUUCUCUGUUCAGAUCACCAGCCAAGAGUAACAACAAUUUGCGAGAGGGACCACGAAUCAAGCUAGAUGUGCGUACCUACCAAACAGCUUGACGUACACUUUCAAUCGUUCAUUAAUUGGCUUUGGUUUGUGUUUUGAGGUUGAGGAGACUCGCUCGCUUCGAGCAUCUCAAAGAUGUUUUGACAGUGUGAAUCAUUCUCUUUAGAUACUUGAGUUUCCAACACAACGUUGCUCCUGAUCUUCGAUGUUCGUCAAGCUUCACGGAAACUGCUUGCGGCCGCAGGACUGUAGGACUGAGCUGAGCCGGCACGUGUUUGACUUCCACGAGCGCGCACGCCU